GACUAUUCGACUCCGCUAGUACCGACUUCUCGUCUUUCGUUAAUCUCUUUCUUCUUGUCUUUUGCGACCGCUAUUUCUGGAAAACUACCCCUCGCUUCCAUCUCGAAUACUCAAUUAGGGUCUGUUGAUCAUCACUCCCCCUCGACGGCCUCGACCACUCACCACACGCGCCGGCAUCACACAAGGCUUUGACCUCGAGUAACCCACGAAACGGGAACCCCCCUCCAACACACACGCACACAAAACCACCCACCAACAUCCGCCAUCACAGUGGUACCUAUGGGUACUAAAACUCGUGGCACAAAGUCGCCGACACAGAACGGGCUGUCCCGCAAAGCCUCCAAGGAAAAGAAGGGCAACAAGACCCAAAUCAAGGACUCCGAUUCCGACCCUGACACCGUCGCCUCGGGCCUCCACAAGAUGAACAACAACGUCGAGCUUAUGCGCCGGAACAAGAGCUACGACACCUCGUCCGAAGCUAUAACCGCCAACAUCAUCGGCAGGGAAACCUUCUCCCUCGACGACCCCGUCCCAGACAAGACAGACCAAGUAAACAACCAUGGUUUCUUCGAGCUUCCCAAGCAGGACCAGCGCAACUUUGGCCUGCUCGUCCUUCUAUACUUCUUGCAGGGUGUCCCGCUAGGAUUGGCCACGGGCUCGGUACCGUUCCUCCUCAAGAAGAAACUCUCCUAUGCUGAGAUCGGCGUCUUCAGCUUGGCGUCGUACCCCUACUCUCUCAAACUGCUAUGGAGUCCCAUUGUCGAUGCUAUCUGGAGUCCCAAGGUGGGAAGGAGAAAGAGCUGGAUUCUGCCUAUCCAAUUGCUAUCCGGAAUCGGCAUGCUUUACCUGGGCUCUAGGGUAGAAGGAUUGAUGGAUUCCAUGGGCAAGGAAGGCGGCCCUACGGUUUGGAGCUUUACUUGGUGGUGGUUCUUCCUCGUGCUCAUGUGCGCUACCCAGGAUAUUGCUGUUGACGGCUGGGCCCUGACGCUUUUGACCCCCGGCAACGUCUCGUACGCUUCUACCGCGCAGACGGUCGGCUUGACUGCUGGCCAGUUCCUGUCGUAUACCGUCUUCUUGGCCUUCCACUCCAAGGAGUUUGCCAAUCGUUGGUUCCGCACCGAACCGCUUGACCAGGGUUUGAUGUCUCUGGGUGGAUACCUUACCUUCUGGGGCUGGGCUUACAUUGCUGUGACCAUCGGCCUGGGUCUGAUGAAGCGCGAGGAGCGUACCAAGAACGAGGAUGGCGUCUGGGACGUCUACAAGAUCAUGUGGGGUGUGCUCAACCUGAAGAACGUCCAGACUAUCAUCAUCAUUCACCUUAUCGCCAAGAUCGGCUUCCAGGCCAACGAUGCCGUCACCAACCUCAAGCUGCUCGACAAGGGAUUCGGUACCGAGAACAUGGCUCUCACAGUUCUGAUCGAUUUCCCCUUCGAGAUCAUGCUGGGAUACUAUGCAGGAAAGUGGUCACAGGAGUUUACCCCUAUGCGCCUCUGGUGCUGGGGCUUUAUGGGUCGUCUGGUGGCUGCCGUUCUCGCGCAGUUCACUGUUGUGAUGUUCCCUGCUGAGGGUGUUACCUCUUGGUACAUGCUUGUUGUCAUUGCCGAGCACAUCUUUUCCACUUUUACCAACACCAUCAUGUUUGUUGCCGUUUCUGCCUUCCACGCGCGGAUCUCGGACCCGGUCAUUGGCGGUACUUACAUGACUCUUCUUGCUACCGUUUGCAACCUAGGCGGUACUUUCCCACGCUUCUUCGUUCUUCGGUUGGUCGACUACUUUACCACCGCCACUUGCGUUCCUACUUCCAAGACGGCCACCUUCUCUGAGCCUUUCAGCUGCGCCAUCCAGGAGGACAAGACCCGAUGCCUUGCCAACGGCGGUACUUGCAACAUGAUUCAGGAUGGAUACUACAUUGUCAAUAUCCUCUGCGUUGCGAUUGGCGUGGUGACUUUUACCAUGUUCAUCCGUCCCAAGGUCAUUCACUUGCAGGAUCUCCCGCUCAAGGCGUGGCGGUUGGCGUCUUCUGGCGUGGGAGCUAGCAAGAGGUGAUUGGUGAAUCCACGCUUCACAACCGAGUUUUGUGUUGGGACAUAAGGAGAAGUCAGCAGCAUAUUAAUG